GGGCGGCCUGAGCUCUGGAUCUCUGUUGCCACAGUGACUCCAGGUUUCAGUCACUGCGGGCGGCUUCCUGUCAGGACUCUCGUUCCCUCCCCGUUUUCCACACCUUCUCCCUCCUCCCAGUGACGCAUCGGAGUGAGAUCGGUUCAGUUUCCAUGAGGGGAGGGUGGGGGGAAAUCAACGAUCAGCGCAGACAGACAGAGAGAGACAACAACAUCGCCACUGACAUCGAGAGCUGGGACUUCCCAUCGCUGUGCACUCGAUCCUAGAAGCGAUGGAGGAACUCCAAGAUGUUCAACUGACUGAGAUUAAGCCUCUCCUAACAGAUGGGAACUCCGCGAGGAACUUCCAGGAUUUUGACUGUCAGGAACACGAUGUUGAAACUGCGCACGGUGUACUGCAUGUGACCAUGCGAGGUACUCCAAAGGGGAACAGACCUGUCAUCUUGACUUAUCACGACAUAGGCCUCAACCACAAAUCUUGCUUCAACACGUUGUUUAACUAUGAAGACAUGCAGGAAAUCACGCACCACUUUGCCGUGUGCCAUGUGGAUGCCCCUGGACACCAAGAAGCAGCUCCCCCAUUCCCAACAGGGUACCAGUACCCAACCAUGGAUGAGCUGGCCGAGAUGCUUCCCACAGUUUUAACCCAUUUGAAUAUACAGAACGUGAUUGGAAUUGGAGUCGGGGCUGGUGCUUACAUCCUGACCAAAUUUGCGCUGAAUCACCAAAAUCUUGUUGAGGGACUGGUGCUUAUCAACAUUGACCCAUGCGCUAAGGGCUGGAUGGAUUGGGCUGCGUCAAAGCUUUCUGGAUGGACUACCAACCUGGAUGAUAUUGUACUGGCUCAUCACUUCAGUAGCGAGGAGCUGGACACAAACUUGGAAUUGAUCCAGACCUAUCGACUGCACAUUUCCCAGGACAUCAAUCAGGAGAACCUUCAUCUCUUUGUCAACUCGUACAACAGUCGUCGAGACCUGGAGAUUGAACGACCCAUUCUUGGUGUCAAUGAAACAACCGUUAAAACUCUGCAGUGCCCUGCUUUACUGGUUGUUGGUGAUAACUCUCCUGCAGUGGAGGCAGUGGUGGAGUGCAAUUCCAGACUAAAUCCAACCAACACAACACUGCUGAAGAUGGCAGAUUGUGGAGGACUUCCACAAGUUGUUCAACCUGGAAAGCUGACCGAAGCCUUCAAGUACUUUGUGCAGGGAAUGGGUUACAUGCCAGCUGUCAGCAUGACCAGGCUAAGCCGGGCUCGCACCACCUCGACCUCCAGCGUGGGAUCCGGAGAGACUGCCCGUAACCAACCACCUACCAGCAGCCAGGCCGAAGCCAUGGGGAACAGUGACGCUGUCCAGGGCCAACCUCAGACCAUGGAGGUUUCCUGUUAAAACCGCAACUUGAGCCGUUAAUUUAUUACGUCGUUUUUUUUUUCUCUCUCUCUCCGAUUCAAGAAGUCGUCAAUUUGGCUGAGUCACAGCCUUAAAAGAAACCCAGCCACAGAGAUCCCGUUUCCUUGUACAAUUGUGUCUCUAUAGUGCAUGCCUGACUCAGUGUUUGAUGCUCUCACACUGUAGUUGAUUUCAUUUCUUUGGAAUAUUCAUGUUUUACCCAGCGGUACUGAAUGCACCGUGUUACAUUCCCGUGUUCCCUGUGUGUUAACCAAAGUCGUUCACGUCUUCCCUGGAUUUAAAGGGGCAGUGCCAGAGUUUUCUUUUACCUCCCAUGCCACCCUGUACUUCCAAACUAACCCACGCCAUUCCAGUAUCGAACCAAUGGAUGGAAAAGAGGAUAUAAGCAAAAUACGGCAGAUGCACAGGAGCAGGAAUCCUGAAAUAAAAACAAAAUGCGAUGGAAGUACUCUACGGGUCAGACCAUCUGCAGUGAGAGAAACAAGAGUUAAUAUUUCGGAACAAUGACCCUUCCUUGGAACAGUUUGUGGAUCUUAGAAUGUUCAUUGUUUCUCUUUCUACUGACACUGUCAGAUCUGCUGAGUAUCUCCAGCAUUUGUUUGACUUUAAGGUUAAACAAACAGCCUUUUUGUUUUUAGUUCUACAAUUAGGCAUUAUUAUAUAGGUGAAGGUAUUUUUCUGGCUUUUCUGCAUGUUCUCCACCUGGAGGUCAGUUAGCUCACUUGGCUGGAUUGCUGGUUUGCAAUGCACUGGUUGAGAACUCUCUUUCCCACCCUCUCCCCUUGCCUGAGGCAUUGUGAUCUUCAGGUUAAACCACCACCUCUCCCUCUUUCUAAGGAGAGAGCAGUCCUAUGGUCUGGUAAGACUGUGGCAAGUUUACCCAAGUAUUCUUGCUUGGGAGCUCAUGAGUUUGGCCCCUGAGCUCCAUUUGACUUUCCAACCUCCAACGACAUUGUAGUGCAGAAUCCACAGUAAGUUCACCAUUGUGAAAAGGCAUGGGUCCUGUCUGUUCCCGUGGAGGUUAUUCAGGGGCCGCAAUACUCAGCAGUUCAGGUGUUUCUGACCCCCUCCUGCCUCUGACCACAUCAAUGGAAAUGGCAGAUUAACUGGCCACCAAUCUUAUUCUGUUAAUGGAGAUCUGUCUGCUGCAAAAUAGCAACUGGAAAUGUCACUAAUGCCUUUCAAGAUCUGAGUUAUUAUCUGUCAUUACAAGUAUAAAAAUAGAAGCUCCAACAACUUAACACGUUAUAAUUUACUCAGCAUUAGGAGUUGGGCAGCUAUUAGGAACGUGGCAGAUUGCAAACCCAUCUCAACAUUUAGAGCUAUAUAUCUGUGUGAAUGAGCUACAUCAGUGGCCUGCUCAUUCCUGCCCCUUUGUUUGAUGCAGUGCCCUGUGUAACUGAGCAAAGUUUGCGAUUACAGCCUGGGCUCCAUUUGGUGUCAUGGUGGCGUACUGCUAACAGGAAUGAUUUGAGAUUAUUCUUGGGUUUUCCCCUAAGCACUUUGCAUUCCACUCCGAUUGCAAAUGCCCCUUUAAAUAGUAACUUGUUGUUUAUUUACCCUCUGCUUCCCCCUGCCCCAUCCCAGGCUUUCUAUGUUAAAGGUUAUGAGCUUGGUUUUGUUUGACGUUAUUGUCUUGUUCACUGUGCAGUCAGACAACAGCAGUGGGUGCCAACUACACCCACUCCCCAUGAGAUCAGUGUCUGCGUUCAUCUCCUGUGUGGCUUUCCUUUGUGUUUGUUUUCCACAUGGCUAAAGCACUAGCUUGAAAAAUAAUUUUUGAAAAAGUUUAAAAACUACAGUCACAAAAGCUAGUCGUGUAAGCUUGUAUUGUCUGUGUGCAGGUUUGUUGUAAUAAAUUGCAGGCAUUUGACACAAUAGCUGUCGUUAAGAGUUCUAGAGGUGAGCAAAAUGGUGGCUUUGAAAUAAAGACAGAGCUCUGGCUAAAACUGA